AUGAGCGAAAUAAGCGAGUUGAAGAUCAUUCCAUAUACCUCUAAAGAUUAUUACGCUUCCAAAAACCAACAAAAAAAAAGAGAACCAAGUAUGUUUAUGUCCUUCCGCAAGGAAAAGAUGAAGAGCAAGCCUACAGAUAUUUCAUUUGCCGAUUAUUUUGACGAAGUGACCAAUUUAUGGAAAAGUAUGUCGGAGGUCGAAAGAUCUGAAUGGCAAAAGAACAACAAUAAUAAUCAGGACAAAAAGUUCCGCAAAGAUCAUAAAAUUGAAAAUCAUGUUGGAAUUGCAUCAUCAAGCGGAAGUGGUGUUAAUGAUUAUUUAAACGUAAAGUUUCAUAAUUUGGAAACAGGAGCGCAUUUCAAAAGAGCAACAAUUCAAACAAUCAUGGUUUAUUUUUGGACGGAUCUAGUGUACAAGCUAUUAGUUGAUUGUACCUGCAUAUAA